AUGCCGACGCCGACGCCGCGCUCGCGCUCGCGCUGGCGCAGGCGCGCGCGCGCGGGGGCCGCCCCGGCCGGCGCCACGGCCCCGGGCGCCAGGGCCGGGCGGACGGGAGAGCGGCCCGCGGCCCAGGGCCGCCGAGCCGGCGGCGGCGGCGGCAGCGGCGGCGACCGCGAGCAGGAGGCGACGGCGGAGUACGCACCUGACGGGCCCACCUUGGAGGGGCUCCGGCGCGGGACCGCUCACCGGCCGGCCGCCGCCCCCGCUCCGGACGCCCUUGGCCGCGGCGGGCAGGCAGGGACCGGCGACUGGGACCGGAACGCGGAGCGCCCCUCCCCUUGCGCCCGCCCUCUCGGCUUCCGUCCCCUCCCCUCGCGCGAAGCCCCGGAUGGAGCGGCCGGGACUCGCCGCCGCCUGGCUGCCGGGAUGGUUUUGUCAGGCGGCCAGAGAGCCCCGGCGCCAGGCGCAGUCGCCGCCUCCCCCACCCCCCACCCCACGAUCGCCCGCCCGCCCGUCCGCCCCGCGGGUCCCCCCCGCCCUCCCCUCCUCUCCAUCCCUCCCUCCUCCCUCCCCCCAAACUCGCCCCGCCUCCGCCCCGGCGCCCCGCGCGCUCGGGCACGCCGCCUGCCUUUCGCCCGGAGCCUCGGACCGGGAGUCAUUCGUCGCCUUUGUUGCCACGGCCGCUGCCGGAACCGUUUGCGAGCUCCGGCGGCUCCCGCCCCUCCCUGCGCCGCCCCGGAGCCCGGGCCGGGGCGGCACGUGGGCCCCGGGACGCGGUGGCGGUGCGCGCUUACCUGUCGCCGGUGCGGCCGCGGCGGGGCGUGA